AUGUAUCUCGCUAUCCCACAACCAAGUGUUAGAAGAUUCAGGUGCUCCUGGGCACAAUGUGGCAAGCCCUUCAAUCGCAAAUCCGACCUUUGUCGACACUACCGGACCCAUACCAACACGCAACCAUACCAUUGCACCGUAAACGGGUGUGAUAAAAGCUUCAUCCAGCGCAGCGCCCUGACCGUCCAUUUCCGAACACACACAGGGGAACGCCCCUAUAUCUGUAGCUUUGAAGGCUGUGACAAAGCCUUUUCUGAUUCAUCGAGUUUGGCCCGGCAUCGCCGCGUCCACAUAGCAACAAUACUAUACGAAUGUCCCGAAAUAACAUGUUCAAAAAGGUAUCCUCUGCCUCCAUUCUUUAUCAUGAGUAAACACCAUGAAUAA